CACCCAAGUAACGAUAUCCCAGGUCGAGCUUCUCCUUGGCCGUUUCUGCGGCAAUUCCCUUGUUAUACAGCCAACAAAAGCGAUAGAGGAUUCAGUACCGAUCGACUAUAUGGUUAGGCCCCAUUCGUUGCAUUCGACCUAAAUAAUGCACCAACUUCGGUGACCGUCCGCCAAUGGCCCUAACGUAUAGCCCGGUGGUCAUUCAACAUACAUCAUGUUCUCCUCCAUCGCGACUGCCCCGGCUAAACAGUCUGUCAGCGAGACCAUUACCGUUCUGAGCGGACGCCUCAGCUCUGCAACCCUUCUUGAAGAUCGUCGCGCUGCUAUUCUCGGCCUACGAAGCUUUGCGAAGGAGUACCCUGCCUCGGUUGCAUCUGGUGCUUUGAGGAGUCUGAUCGGGAGUCUUUCCAAAGACGGGGAAGAUGUCGACACAGUCAAGGUGGUCCUCGAGACCUUGUUGAUGCUUUUCGAUCCCAAUCCCAAUAGUCCGGAAGCUUCUGAGGAAAUUGCCCUGUGGCUUGCCGAUGAAUUCUCUCAACACAAGGAGAAUGUGACACUGCUCCUCGAUUUCCUGGAAACGAACGACUUUUACUCUCGCCUUUACUCGUUGCAACUCCUAGCGGCUAUCCUGUCCGCUCGCACCGAUCGAACCGAAGAAUGUAUCCUCACCGCUGGGGGUAUUCCCAGGCUGGUUCCUGUGCUCGACGAUCGACGCGAGGCCGUAAGGAACGAGGCUCUUUCCCUCCUGAUCUACCUGACCCCAUCGUCUCCCGAAAUAAAAAAGCAAGUGGCAAUGUUCGAUGUGUUCGAACGAAUCUUCGCAAUAAUAUCUGCCGAGGGAGGAUUGUCGGAGGGCGAUAGAAUCGUGGAAGAUUGCUUGAUCCUGUUGGCCAACCUCCUGCGAUUAAACGCAAAGAACCAAGAAGUCUUCAGAGAAUUGGGUUGCUCACGUCAACUGUCCAAGCUACUGGAGAGCACAUGCAACGUUGCUCACGAGGAAGACGAGGUUGCUCAAUGGGCCCAGCAGCAGCGGAAUAGGAACACUUAUGCUUUACUCGCCAUCAUAAGGCUCUUUCUCGUGCCAGGAGCUGACGGCACAUUGCAAAAUCAAGCCGCAUUUUGGGAACACCGUGUAAUACACCAUGCUCUGCAACUAGCUUUCAGUCAAGCCGCAGAGUUACCUAUCAGAGCGGAGGCGCUCACAACUUGCGCCGACAUCAUCAGGGCGAACCCAGCGAACCAAGAGAGCUUCGUGCAGUUGCAGGUUCCGUCCGUGCUGGAAGGCCCUCCAAUCCCCAAUGGCCAAAAUGGGAAAGCACAUGGACCUGUUCUAGCAUACGUCAUUGACGGUUUGUUGGAACUGACUUUGUGUAUUCCUACAACCCAGGCGUUCGAUCUGCGAUUAGCCGCUUGCGAAUGCCUCAAAGCAUACUUCUUCAACCAUCGCGAAGCGCGACUUCAUUUUCUCCGCAGGGCAAUUGACGGGCACAAUGUUGGCGGAGAUGAGGCCACCAAUGUUCUGACCACCUUGCUACAAGAUCCAAACGAAAUGAGUGCCCUGGAUCCAUACCGGUAUUGGUUCGCUUCCGUUAUCAUGUUCCACUUGAUCUAUGAAAAUGCGGAAGCAAAAGCACUGGCAAUGAAGGUGACGGAAGGAGACGUACAAAACGGCGGAGACGCGGUGACUUGUAUUCAGUCCAUUGCUGCCCAUCUUAUCCGCUGUAUAUCGAGAUCGGUUGAUGAACGCGUGGCCGUCGGCUAUCUCAUGCUGUUGAUCGGCUGGUUAUUUGAGGAUCUUGACGGUGUCAACGACUUUUUGGGGGAAAGCAGCAAUGUCACAAGCCUAGCGAAAGCUAUCCUGCACCCUUCGGCCAACCCCCUCGUACAAGGCUUAUGCGCCAUGAUUCUGGGAGUAGUAUACGAGUUCUCGACCAAAGAUUCGCCAAUAUCAAGAGCUACAUUACGUGGUGUGUUGAUUGAGAAGGAAACUGAAAAGCCCAAGAAAAAGUUCAGCAACGGCAGCACUCGUAUAACUCGAGAAUUAUAUGGUGACACGCUUAAUAAGUUGCGAAGCCAUCCUUUGAUGAGAGAUUUUGAAGUAACCCCGCAAAAGCUGGACAGCCCGGGGAGCCUACCCGACGUGUUUUUCGAUAGUACGUUCGUGGACUUUUUCAAAGACAAUUACAGCAGGAUCCUUCGAGGCAUUGAUCGCGAUCCCGGAAUGGAAAUAUCCGUCAUUACCAACGGAGUACAAAAAGGCAUCUCGCGCGAGUUGGUGGAUUCAUUGCGUUCCCAGAUUGAAGAUCACAAACGCGCUUUGCAGACAGCGGAGGUCAACGUAGAUUCGCUGAAACAGCAGCUUGUGCAGGAACAAGUCGAUCACAGGCGGUCAACGGAAGCAUCUGCAGCCGAACUGGCGAGGAUCAAGAGCGUCAAUGAAGCACUGCAGCACCACCACGAAGAAGACGUCAAGAAGAUUCAAGCUCAACAACGGUCGAAAGAGGAAGGCCAUCAGCGAGAACUGAGCGCCGUACGCCGGGAGGCGCAAGUAAACGUCGAGGCAAUGGCUUCCGAGCAUCGAGCCAAAGAGGCAGAGAUGCAAAGACAACUGGAAUACGUCAAGAAGACUGCGGAAGCCGAAACGGCACGAGUACAGAGAAGGGCAGAUGCAGACAUUGCAGAUCUCCGAGCCACGAUCAGUCGCCUGGAGGUUGACUUGAUGAAGGUGAAUCAGGAGUUAACCCAGUCAGAGUCGCAGCUGCUAAACGCAUCGCAGGCAAACAAGGUAAAGGCACAGGCACUACAAGCUCUCCGGGAAGAGCAUGCAUCCGAGCUUGCCGCCCAGGCGUCCAAGAUUGCGAGUGAAACAGCCAAGGCCAAGAAGGCCGAGGAGCAGGUUGAGCAGUUGAAGACGCAGAUGUCUCAGAAGGAAGAGAUUGUCCAAAAGACGCGAUCUCAAUUGAAUGAGAAAGAUGAAGAGAAGGCCGCCAUACAGACGGAGUUGGAUGACCUCCUUAUGGUGUUUGGUGACCUGGAAGAGAAGGUCGAGAAGUACAAGGCGAGUUUACUUGCGCUUGGGGGAACCGUCACGGACGGCGAAGAUGAAGAUGACGAUGAGGAUGAGGAUGAGGAGGAAAACGAAGUCGACUAGCCAGCCGCCAAACAGAAUCUAACUCAUAUUUUGAUGUCAUAAAAGCCGUCGAUGCCCAUGAUUGGACUCCAGCCAGGUGCCAGUAUACUUAUUGGAGAAGAGAUUUUUUGUGGCAAAAUAUGCAAUUAAACCGCAACUUCCCAC